AUGGAUAUCUCGCCGCCUGUACGAAAGCUGAUAAUGGUCGGCGCUUGCUACGUUGACACCAUCCUGAGUGUCCCACAAUUUCCACAAGAAGACCACAAACUACGCGCGAGAUCCUUAGACCGAAGACGUGGCGGAAACGUGGCGAACAGCCUCGAAGUUCUCCAACAACUCCAACCCGCCGAAGGCAGGGAAUAUGAACUGCUACUCCUGUGCGUUUUACCCGCGAAGACAUCUCCUGGGACGAAAUUUGUAAGGAACUCCCUGGCAGAGAAAGUGAGCACGCAGCACUGCGUCUACCGCGAGGACCACACGGAGCCGGCUUCGAGCUACAUCAUCAAAGCGGAUGCGACGGGAUCCCGGACGAUUGUCAACUACAACGAACUGCCCGAGAUGAGGGUCGAGGAAUUCCAGGAGAGAGUCACGAGCAUAUCCCGUCAAGGGGGAGGAAGAAUGUGGUUCCACUUCGAAGGCCGCGAAGUCGAGACUUCCGUGGCGUGUAUGCGAUGGCUGAAAGAGCGGUAUCCGAACGUAUUGCUCAGUGCGGAAGUCGAGAAGCCGAAUCGGGAGGGUCUGGAACUGAUUUCUGCGGAAGCGGAUGUGGUGUUCUUCUCCAAGUCGUGGGCGGAGACGAAAGGCUAUCAGGCGGCUGAAGAACUACUCCGGUCACAGGCUCCGGCUCUUCCAAAGGCUAGUCUUUUGUUCUGUACGUGGGGUGCUGAUGGAGCUGCUGUGCUCAGGCUGAGAGAUGGCCACUGUGUUACUGGGAAGGCUAAACUGCUUGAAGGGUUUAGAGUCGUGGACAGUGUUGGAGCGGGAGACACUUUCAUUGCUGGAGCUUUGUAUGCUCUUCUGAAUCAGCUAGACCUUGGAGGAGGGUUAGCUGAGUCUGCUCUCGCGGCUGGCAAUCACCUUGCGGUGCAGAAGGUCAUGCAAGAGGGGUUUGGUGGCUUGAGUCUGGAAGGAUUGGGGUGA